AUGGGGAAGGAGGACCUGGAAAUGGGAACCACGCCCUUGGCGACCGAAGCCAGUUCCAGUGUUUUAGGUGCUUCCAUGAUGUUGGCCUCGAUGUUCUUCCGCGACUCGCUGAGGGGUCGUCGGGCCAUUGCUCUGAGCAUCUCAGUGUUUGUUCUGCUGCUACUGGAGAUUGGCGCAGUGCUCUACUACAGUGAUGUGCAGAAGAACUACAUGACAGCUCUGCAGCAAAAGAAUGAAGAAGCCUUCUACCAUGGGCUUUGGAUGGUGGCCGCUGUGAUUGUGUUUAUCAGCCCUAUCAUCGCCCUGCACGAAUACACUUCAGGUUUGCUGAAGAUGACGUUUCGGGAGUCACUUACGAAGCGUUUCGCAGGGACCUACCUGGCUGCCCCCAAGUAUGCCGAGGGCAACCCCUUCUAUAGGCUCACGAUCACUGGGGAGAUUGACAAUCCGGACCAACGAAUUUGCCAGGAUGUGCAAGACUUUGUCCACAUAGCUGUUCACUUGGUACAAGAUGUGGUCAGGACCUUCUUGAACAUCUUCGGUUUCGCUGCCGUCCUCUAUUCCAUCUCUCCGGCGGCCUGUGUUGGAGUGUUGCUGUACUCCAUCACUGGCACGCUAGUAGCCACCACAGGUUUUGGCCCUCUGAUCGGCUUCUACCAGUUGGAGCGGGUGAAGCAGGAAGCCAACCUACGUUACGACCUCAUUCGGGUCCGCGAAAACGCGGAAUCCGUGGCAUUUUUUGAGGGGGGCGCGGCCGAAUGGUCCAAGUUUACUUCACUCUUCGACGGUUUGCUGAAUACGGUCUACCGCAGCAUCAUCGUGGCCUCCGGCUUUGGGAUGUUCAAUCGAUCCUUCCACUGGGCCACCUUUGCCAUCCCCGCGCUGUUGGUUGGCCCUGCAUAUCUCAAGGGCGAAGUUCAGUUCGGCGUCAUCUCGCAGGCAAGUAUGGCCUUCAACAUCAUCCUUGGAGCGCUGACGUUGAUCAUGGACAAGUUAGAGUCCCUCACGGAUGUGGCCGUGCGCAUCCGACGUUUAGAAGACCUUGAGUUGGCCCUGCGGCGUUGUAAGAACGAGGCGAUGCAACGCCGUCGCCCUGGGAACUUUAGCAUCGCAUCCAGUGAGACAACUCAUUCCGAAGAUCUCUUGCGCUUCAACGAGGUGACGUUGUGUACGCCGCCACGUGUGGGCAUGCGACAGCAGACGCUCUGUCAGGAACUCACCUUAGGGCUGAAAGCAGGUGAGUCCCUGUUGAUCGUCGGCGAGAGCGGCAUUGGCAAAUCCUCCCUGCUGCGCUGCUGCGCCGGGCUCUGGUCCGACGGCUGUGGCGAGGUGCAGCUCUGCCCGCGCCGCAGCGUCUUUUUCAUGCCCCAGAAGCCCUACAUGUUUUUGGGCUCCUUGAAAGACCAGCUGCUGUAUCCCAACGUGAAGGACAGUCUGUUAGGAGACGGUGAGAUUGAGCACGCCUUGAGACAAGUGAAUUUGCAUCAUUUGUUGGAGCAGCAUAGCUUAGAAGAAUCAAAGGAGUGGUCCAGUCUUUUGUCCUUGGGCCAACAGCAGCGCAUUAAUUUCGCACGGGUCUUGUUGCGGCCCGACACACAGAUCGCCCUGAUCGAUGAAGGAACGUCCGCAUGUGAUCCGGGAAACGAGGCCUUGUUGUACCGCCUCCUGAGAGAGCGACUUGCAGGAUAUGUCUCGGUGGGGCAUAGGCCCGCCCUGCAACAGUUUCAUAGCCAUGCGGACCUGCUGCCCCAUCGUUUGCGCGAUGCAGAUCAGGGCUUUGCGCCCUGGAGCGCGGUCGUACAACUUUGGACAUCCCCCUCGGCCUGGCCACAAGAUAAGGUUGAGGAGCUGAACGGCUGGUCUUUGCAAGACGCAUAUGAAGCCAACAAGAAAGGUUCCCCGGUGCCCGCGGUGCCACGUGACGGCCGUGCCCGUAGCCGGACGGACAGUGCCAGCGUGUCGCCUCGCAGGAUCAUCAAACCUAUCGCAGUCGUUCAUCGUGUACCGGCAAGAACUGCAGCAUUCGCGUUUCGCAUUUUUGGCGCUUUCUGGCGUGAUUUUUCGUCCAGCCGUGUGCGCAACAAGCGCACCAUGUGGGCUCGUCGCAUCGGUGCUCCGGACCGAUGUCCCUCGCAGACACGCGUCAUCGUGCAAAGCAUCAUGAACGGAGCCAUCGGACUAGUCGUUUACCAGUAUAUGGACAGCUUGGCUGGCGGAAAUCUUGAUUUUGCCCUCGAAAGUGUGGGAAAUAGCUCCGCCACGUGCUUGACCAGUUGGUUGCGAAGGAAUGAGAUCACUUCCUGGGCGGAGGCUGAAACUUGGACCAAGUGGUUCAAGUACCAGGCUGAUUCCAGCACGUAUGUGCACAAGCACACCUGCAAUCCCUUUCCAGUCUCCGCCCUCAACCAGACUUGCGCCACUAUGAGCGUCCCCGUCUAUGAAUUCGACAGUAAGUUGGGAUACCCCUUGGGCCCCGGCGAAAAGCCGAGCUUCAACAACGAUCUACUGUAUGCUUUUGCAUAUACCUUCCUGGUUCUUGGGAUCUUGAAUUUGAUCGGCUUUGCUGUGCAUGAUAUCACCCUCCUCUCUAGGAGAAAUCAGAACUACAUCCUAGAUUUGCCUGCCUUCAAUCAAGGCUUUCCUCUCUUCAAGAAAUUUGCUAUGUUGUCAGGUAUCAACAUCGUGCCUAAACUCUUUAGUAUCGAGGGCACCGGGCGAACAUUGGCCAUUGCCAUAGGCAUCGUGCUGACUCCGUUCAUUGCAGUGUGGUCUCUUCUUUUUCUAGUUGGGAUCAUUACGCCCUUCAUGGUGCUCCUCUUCUUUCGAUAUCCAGUACGAUUGAGCCGCUUCGCGGUAUUUCUGACCUUGCUGGCCACCUCUGUCUUCGGCCUGACGAUGACCAUCAUCCCGUUGGUGUACCUGGGGAACUUGAACGAGCGACCUCGCUAUGCGCUAGUCUACCGGGUGACCGACUACGAGCCCGGAGAAUGCUAUUGUGGUUGCUCCUACUUCAUCAACGCAGCCAGUUUGAUCCGCAUUUCGGCCAUUGGUUUUGGCGUCACCUUUUCCUCGUGUUUGUCGGCCUUCCGGUGCUUGAAGGGCUUACGAAGGGCCCAGUGGGCCAAUUUGAUGUCAGUGUUGUUCCCGGUGCCUGUGACCGUGUACUCCGUCUUUUGGACGACACCUUCAGGAGAUCCCAUCCAGCAUCGGAAGGAGGGAGAGCCAGUACAGAGCGAGAUGGCGUUCGAUCCCUUCGCACUCAUGGAUGAACAACCUGAGAGUAGAUACACAACGGUGACGCUCAAGCCUGAGUAUGCCUAUGAUGUAGAUGCGGCCGGGCGUUGGAAGCCUCUGGGCGAUCGCGUCAUGGAUGGCCCCACAUUGCCAGAGUUGAAAAAGGGUGAAUUCUUCAAGCAACCGACAGAGGUCAUCGGUUGCUGCGGUUUUCCAUGUCUCACCGGCGGUUACCAGGUGAUCUACAUGAGCGAUUCGGAGGAGGAGGAAGCGCAGGAAGAGCCGAAAGGAAGAGCCAUCUCCCCCGUAGUGGCGGGCACUCGCACCAACAGCACCGGCGGCGAUGCCCAGCAAGUGACGUCCAGCAAGACCGGCAGGUCAUCCUUCAGGAAAGCCCUGACGGCCAGGUCCCGAGCUGGCUCUACGGAUUCCAUCAAAGAAAAGCGAAUACAACGCAUAGCGCACCUUGCGCCGGCGUUGAAAGUGCGGGAGUGCCCAUCACAGAAUUCCUCCUGCUCCAACACUCCUUUGCCUACGCCUUUGCCCAGUCCGUUCAGCCUCGCUGCUGUGCCUGCCCGGGAGGUGAAGCUGCCCGUCGUGUUGGAUCAAGGCAUUGAGUCGGCUCCGCCGUGUUUGUUUGGAAGAGAUUUCAGCGACGAUGCCAACUACAAGUGCUCCUUGUGAUGGCCGCCGAAAGGCGACGAAGGAUGGAAAGGUUGGGAAAACCUGGACCACAUCAAAAAUUA